AUGUUCCUCCAGCGUACCGCCAUCGCCCUUGCGCGGCGCUCUCCUGCUCGCGCUAUCACUCUCGCUCAGCGCCCAUUCUCUUCGUCCAUCGUCCGCAGCAAUGAGAAGAAGUUCAUCGUGAAGGAGGAGGGCAAGACCCUUUCCUUCGAUGAGAUCAAGACUGAGGAGGACCUCCUCCCCCCCGGUGCCAAGCCCGGUACCAUCCCUACCGAUUUCGUCCAGGCUACCGGUCUCGAGCGUCUCGAGCUUAUCGGAAAGAUGCAGGGCAUCGACAUCUUCGACAUGCGUCCCCUUGACGCUUCCCGGAAGGGAACGCUCGAGGACCCCAUCAUCGUUAACGGUGCUGGUGAUGAGCAGUACGCUGGUUGCACUGGUUACCCCGUCGACUCCCACCAGGUUAACUGGUUGACCGUCUCCCGUGAGCGCCCCAUCGAGCGCUGCUUGGAGUGCGGUAACGUCGUCAAGCUUAACUACGUCGGUCCCGAGGAGGACCACUCCCACGACCACGACCACGACCACGGCCACCACCACCCCCCUCACGUUGAGCCCAAGACCUUUGCCGACUACGUCAAGCCCGAGUACUGGUACCGGUAA